CUGACUUGGAGGAGCGAAGAGGAGGCUGUGAGGUAAUGGUGCGCAGGAGGGGGGGUGGUGGAGGAGAGAGAGACGGGAUAUAGGACAGGCUUCAAACGGAGGUUUGGCUGCAGACUGAUCGGGAUCCCUUUCGCCACCUCGCUCCAUCCAGACGCAUCAGAGUCACUAAAGACACCCAACAUCCCAUCAGAGGAAGCUGAGACGGAUCCAGACGUCUUCAGGCGGCUACAUGCUCAGUGGUCUUUGACUUUAAAGGAGAACAUCUGAACAAAACAGCAGAAAUCAUGGAUUUUGUAAUGAAGCAAGCUUUAGGUGGGGCCACCAAAGACAUGGGUAAGAUGCUAGGUGGGGAGGAGGAGAAGGACCCGGAUGCUGCCAAGAAGGAGGAAGAGCGACAGGAGGCACUGAGGCAGCAGGAGGAGGAGAGGAAGGCCAAACAUGCCCGUAUGGAAGCAGAGAGGGAAAAAGUACGGCAGACAAUCAGGGACAAGUAUGGGCUGAAGAAGAAGGAGGAGAAAGAGGCGGAGGAAAAAGCUGCUAUGGAGCAGGCCUGCGAGGGGUCACUCACACGCCCGAAGAAAGCGAUCCCGAGGGGCUGUGGAGAAGACGACGAAGAGGAUGAAGAAAGCAUCCUCGACACUGUCCUCAAGUUUCUGCCUGGACCCCUACAGGACAUGUUCAAGAAGUAAAUCGAAAAAGAAAUCGGAUGAAAUGAACCCUAAGUUCAGGGUCCGGUCUGGCCUGGGCCAGGCUGCAGGGCAAAGGGACUGGGGCUGUUGGGGACUGGAGGGUGAGUCAGGAGGGACUGGGGGAAUAAUUCUGGGUAUUCUUAAGUAGGAAGGGUCUGAUUGUAGAUUGUAAAAGUUAUUGAGGCAACAUGAAAAAGGGAGGGGGGGGGUGGGAUCUUGUCAAGCUGUUAGAGGCUACACACUGCCUUCGUAGAGAUCCUUUAAUUUCUUCUUUUCUAAUCCUUGACGGUUGCGUCAUUCUUCCUCCUUUUAUUUGCCACAAUAUCUUUCAACUGGCGAUUAGCACAUUUCUAACAGUUGGUAUCAGUUUUGUCUUUUAAAGAUUCAUUUUACACUCAUCCAGGUCAGACAUGUUGACUGGUGUUCCUGUGGAGGACAAUGGACUACUUCUGUGGUUCCGCUCUGCCGCCAUGUUUUCCAGUAGAUAGAGCAUGUUUUUGUUUUUGUUUUUUUUCAUUGUGAUAAGUGUUUUAUACUUUUAUGAGCCUGGUAGAGGUGUUUCUAAUUGAAAAAAUAGAUAAUAGAUCAUUUGGGUUUUUAGCAUAUGUGCCUUCAUACCAUGUCCUCUAGUAGAGGAAUUGUAAAUGAGGGUUUAAUUUUAAGUAGCAUGCAGACAUCCGAAGAUAAAACGUAAGACACUUUUGAAACAAUGUUUUUCAGGAUGGAUGGAUGAUACUCUGGGUUUUCCAAGACCUUUUCUUUUUUUAAAAAACACAGCUUCUGAAAAUCCUGGAAAAUUCCCUAAAAGUCAACAAAGAUAUUUAAAAAAUACAGAAUUAACCUGCAAGGCCACAAGUUUAUGAUAGCUGCUAAUUCUUUGUCAGUUCCUGAGACUGCCAUCAUGUUAAUAACAUGAAAGCUGUUUUGAACAUGUUCAGAUCUUAUGUGAAUAUAUAUAUAUAUAUAUAUAUAUAUAUAUAUAUAUAUAUAUAUAUAUGUAUAGUAGACAGAUUUCUUUCUAUCUUGUUUGAAUCAUAUUUACAGAAUUAAAGGACAGGUUAAACUUACUUAUUAUUAUCUGAUUCCCAUAGACAAUCAACACACUGACCAAUGGGAAACUGGGGGUCAUAGGUAUUUAUGUUAUCUUACCCUGUCAAGUUCAUUAAGCCCUUGAUUAAUCACUUAUUUAUUCAUCAUUUUUUCAUUUUCUCACUUACACAUCAAUGCAAAUACAAGGCAAUGGGUGUUUUUUUUUUUUCUUUACUUUAUUUCUAACAUUUUGCCAGAUUGUUUUAAUGCAGCUGAAAUUCUGAGCAGAGCUAAACUUUCCCCUCAUCUGUUAAUGAACACAUUUAUCACAACUAAAGCUCAUCGACAUCAAGACCAAAGAAAUACUGGUGAGACCUUACUAUUUCUUUUUUCAGCAUCAGUUUGCAUGCCACAAUCGGUUAUGAAAAUGUACCUGCAGGGGAAACAGUCCAUUCAGCGUGUGCAUGCAUCCCAAAGAGCACCGCUAAACUGAAACUGAGACCAAUCCAUUACAAAAGUAUCCCACCUGAUCAUAGAUACUGGAACUAUAGACUGAGGAAACUGGACUGUGAGUUGUUGCAUCUCACUGCCUAAAGAGCUGAAUAUACUCUGCAUCCUGCAUCUCUUAAUCCAACAAAAAUACCAUAGUGAUUUGUCACAUAGUAUCUAAAUAGAUGUACUUUAAAUAAAAAAUAAAUCUUUAUUUAGUGGAAGUAAAUUGAUAUAUGGACAUUUAUUAAUAAAAUAAAGCAUGUUGGUGAUUCCUAAAAGACUUGGUGGCUAAUUUAGUGGUUAGUUAUGCAACAGUGUUUGAUUAAUGCAUUGUUCCAUGAGUUUGUAACUAAGAAUAACUUUAGGGAUUAGUAAGACAAAUGAUGAAGUUGUCAUUCACACUAUAAAACACAUUGUUUUCUCUUUCAGAUAGGACUUUUCACUAGACAAAGCCAUAUUGUUUAGAUUGCAAUAAUUACUUAAAACUAUAAAAAACAGAAUAUUUCAGCGUUCAAAGUUAAUUGUCUGUUUGUUUUCUGUAAAAAUAGAAAAAAGAUGUUUGCAAAUCUGUUUGUAAUCUUCACCAUUCUUCUAUCUUAAACAUGUAUACUAAUGUAUACACUAAGAAAAUGUAUGUGAAAAAAAAGAAGCCAUUGUUAUGACUGUCUCAGUGUACUCUGUGUGUACUGUAAGUGUGUGUGUUUCUAUGUGCGUGUCUUUCUACAUGUCUGUGACGUGAAACCAUGUUGUUGAAUCAUAUAGUCCUGGUUUAUAUGAUGUACAUGUGUCUUUGAACUCUUACGUGCACAGGCAGAAGCGGAGGCGGCCUCCUAGUUGUGCCAUGUUUUUAAACAAAAACUUAAUACAUUCCUUUUAAAAUGUUGAGCAUGCACAUGUUUGUUAGAGACAAGAACACUUGACAAAUGUCAAAAAACUAAAACAAAGUAAAAAUUUGAUGAAUUCCCGUUUCUGAACGAGACUCCAGGCAACAGAAUCUGUGCAACGGAUCCAGAAAGAUGAGCUCUGUGAUGGGUUUGCGAAGUGUUGAGGCGUGGUGAAGCAUAAGGUCAUGAUCACAUUCUGUAGUUUCUUCUGCAGAGAUGUCAAGCUCAUGUGCGAGUGCUGAGAGCAAUUUUUUUUUAAAAACUGACACAAUUUCAAUAUUAAUAUUUUAUGUAAUAUAUCGCAUACAUAGUGUGAAAUGCUACACUAAACUCAAAAAUUUCAUGCUAUUAUCAAGCAACAUGAUAUGACAAGGCCUUAUUAUGAGAGCAGGGUGGGGUAAGUAAGCUGGUAAUGUGAUGUAACGUUAGGUUGCAGUUUAGACUUUUGAGGUUUUAAGUUGGUAAUCACUUAAAAUAGCCAAAUAUAUGUCCUCAAGCAGAGAAAAAGAUUAGUAAUUUUUCUCCUUUAAAACUUUGGUGAUUGAUGGUUGAUUUUCGUCGCUUCCAGUUCUAGAUUCUCUGUAUGCUGUAAUCAUGCGGAUCAAUUUUAUUGAUUUAUUGCCAAAUUUCUACAAGUUCCAGCCAAACAAAUAUUGUAAACUUAACAGUAUCAAGAUAUUUGGUUAAACUGCAACAAGGCUUACAGUUAUUGGCAAGGCUUAUUGCAGAGCACUUAGAAAUCCUGCAAAACCAGUGUACUGUAUAAAAAGACAUUUUUUUAAUUUUCAUACAAAUGAGAUAUUUAUAAAGUAGAAAACAUAUAAAAACUUCACAAAGAAUUUGACCUUGCUUUUAGUGCAAUACAGGCAUGUGCAAAAAAAAGAGACAAAGACCUUGUGAACCGGAAGCUGCCAUGCUACAGCAUUUACAACAAAAAGUAAAAUAAAUAAAAAGUCUGUGUUCUCUUCUGUGUGGAGGUGUCUCAACACAUGCUAGAACUCAACAGUGUCCUUUUAGCUUAAUAUCAGUACAGAGAAAAGAUGCUAUUUUGUUUCCUGAACCGGCACAAUCAAACACCAUAGCUUGUACAAUUGUCUGUCGCCUUUGCAGAACCUUUGCUUUGGGUGUGAAGUUUGGCCAGUACGUUCUGUCAAUGUGUGCCAACCUAAUUUGCUAGAUAAGAAAACAUUUGACUCAGUCAGUCAUCCAUCAAACUAACUCGUCCCAGCAGAAUGAGAAACUGUCCGCUGUGAUCUUGGCCUUAUGAAAUUACCCCUGUGAUGUAUUUGAAUCAACUAUUAGAAGGAAAAAGAGAAUAUGGGGGACAUACAAUUCAAAAUAGAUUCUUUAAAUAUAUAUAUUAGGUGUAGUAAUAGGUUUUAUUUAAUUUAAUCCAAUGUAAAUUAUUUCAUGCAUAUUCUCAUGUCUGCAAAGACCUGCAGAGAUUUAUUUCAUUGCUGUUGCAUUGCUCAGUACCAUAUGUGAAACAAAAUGUAGGAGUAUAUACAGCUUGUGCAGAAAUCUAGACUGUUUUUAAUCCUCACAGGGAAAUUCUCAUAAUUUCUCAUGCUCCCAAGUCCAGGCCACCUUUACUUACCACACACGGAAUAAGCUGAAACAAACCUUGUUUCCUUCCCUGGGGGUUAAAAAAAGGGGGAUGUUGAUCCUGGAUAGGCUUAUAUCUUGGGCCCUUUGUGGAAACUACAGCCAUACAUCCUCUGUAUGUAACAGUCUCUCAGCGGGACUCAUCUCGAGGCAUCACAGCUUGUGCACUGCCUUUGAAAAGGGCUAAUACCAUCUCAUCUGUGUGUGAGGAUAGUGGUACUAUAUCUCAUCUGUCACAUCUGUGCUCAUCCUGGAGUUAUGUGGCGUUUUAAUUCAUCCAUGCUUGCAUGAGAUACUUCAGUGUGAAAAAACAAAAAACUGUCUGUGGAGCGAUGUGUUAAAGAGCCCUUGUGGUUUCACAGUUUAGAUGAAUCCUCAGUUUGAUAGACAAUACUGUAUAAGCAAGUUUUUAUUGUGAGUAGGUGCUUAGAAAUAAAUAGGAAAUCACAACUGUAUGUUUAAUAACAGCAGCAGAUGUGGAUGAGUGAAAUAGAUAAAAACUGAAACUGUAGAUCUUGAAAAGGCCUCAAAGACAUGAAAGAGUUGCAUCAAAUCCUCUGAAACAUCUGAGAUCAUAAAUAUAUCUCAAUGGUAUGAUAUUAGAGGAAACUAAAACAAGAAAAAGUGGAUUAUCAAAGCAUCUUCUGUUGUCAGGAGCCCAGAAACUGCCACUGAAAACCACAGUUCAUCUGUCAUCCAAUAGCAAAGAUUCUACUUUGUUUGCUUUAUUUGCAAUUUGACUCUGAACGAUGAUGAACUCUAAUGAAAGAUGUCAUAACAUUCGUCUUGUUUGUAACAUUUUUCCUCAUACUGCCCUGCUGAAUCCUGCCAUUGAAUCUAGAAAUGAAAAUAAAUGUAAUCAGCACAUUUACUGAUGCUGUACCGGAAGCUGAAAUUUAUGGGGACCUCUUGUUUACUGCGGUGAAGAACUAUGAAUACAUUCCAGUCUUUAUGGCAUUUGCACUAGAACACGCCAACAUGUUACACCGACAGCUGUUAUGACAUCUGCGACUCCCUCUGAUUUAUUUUUUUACCGUCCACCCAUUAUCAGAAGGAAAAAGUCAGAGGUGAAAAAUAGAAAUAUUUGCCCACCAACACAAUUGGCAAUGUUCAAAAGUUUGAAUGGGACUUCAUGUGGAGAGGCAGGAUUAUACAAAGGAAAUGGAGAAAUAAUUCAUGAUUAUUAGGAAGAGAUAUUAACGGAAAUGGAUUUUUACUUUGCUUUAAUUGAUUCAAGAAGGUCUUUUUUAUAAUUCAGGGUGAAAAUAAGUUCAGGGUUCAGAGGUUAAGAAUGUAAAAUAUGAGUUUUUAUUCUCUAUGUUUUUCUUUUCUCAACUGCAUGUCAUAAACUCUGUGGAGCCCAGUCACUGUAAACUGUAUCAUCAACGGAACGGAAUCAUUCUUUUUGGAAAUUAAAUGCAUUACACUAAUAAAAACAGUGAAAAGGUUUA